GUCCAACAGGAACAGUUAAAGAUGUCACAGAAGACUCGAUAACCGAAGACGACAAGAGGAGAAACUAUGGAGGCGUGUAUGUUGGCCUGCCCUCUGAAGCUAUCAACAUGGCGUCCAGCCAAGCAAAGACGGUACAAAAAAUGCUGAUGAGUGUGAAAUGGAAGGCCAGCAUUUAAGCGAGCUGAUGGAGUGUUUGCAGACAUGGGCUGUAUUUCCGUGACGGGAAGAUGAUGGACUUGGCAGCAGUGCGGUGG